ACAUAGUGAAAUGGUUUCCUAAACGAAGAUGGCUACAAAUCUUUACAUAUCUCAAUAAUAAAUAUAGAAUAUCUUCACAUUGAUUGGUGCAUCUUCUUGAUCAUUCUAUUAUUUCUAUAUCACAUUCGUCUGUCUCCACAUCAUCACUUCUCGUUUCGUCUUAUUGUUGUUAUCUUUCGUGAAUAGAGAAGAAACUCAAGAAUCAAGAUGAGUAAGCUUAAUAGUGAUACUCUUAGAGAAGCCAUUGCAAAUAUCACUCGCCCAUCGGAGGAGAGGAAACUCAAAAUGAGACAACUUGAGAGUGAGUCUCUUAGAGAAGCCAUUGCAACUAUUGAGGGAAAAUCUGAGGAGAAGAAACGUAACGUUGGGAAGACAGUGAAGCUUCAAAGUGAGGCUCUUAGAGAAGCCAUUGCAAGUAUCAAUGAAAAAUCUAAAGAGAAGAAGCCAGAAUAAUUUGUGUGUCCAUUACGUUGGAAUGAUUCUUAAAUGUUGUUUCUUUGGUUUAUACGUACGGGAGCUUGAAACUAAUGGGUCUUUUUCAUCUCUUUAAUUAGUCCUAUAUUAUUGAAUAACUUUAUCAUAUACUUCUC